AUGAGCACGGCUCAGGCGAACGAAGCGGAAAAGAACAUUGAAAUAUGGAAGGUUAAGAAGCUCAUCAAGCGCCUUGAGGCGGCUAGAGGAAAUGGAACCUCCAUGAUUUCUUUGAUCAUUCCCCCCAAGGAUCAGGUAUCUAGGGCAGCCAAAAUGUUGGCAGAAGAGUUUGGUACUGCUUCCAACAUCAAAUCCCGUGUCAAUCGACUUUCGGUCCUGUCUGCCAUUACCUCUACACAACAGCGUCUCAAACUUUAUAACAAGGUCCCCCCUAAUGGCUUAGUCGUCUACUGUGGUGAAAUCAUAACGUCAGAAGGGAAGGAACGGAAGAUUAACAUUGAUUUCGAACCGUUCAAGCCAAUCAACACAUCUCUUUACCUUUGUGACAACAAAUUCCAUACAGAGGCACUGAGCGAGCUUCUUGAAUCGGACCAAAAAUUUGGUUUCAUAGUCAUGGACGGUAACGGUGCUCUUUUUGGCACGCUAAGUGGAAAUACCAGGGAGGUACUGCAAAAGCUAAGCGUCGACCUGCCCAAAAAGCAUGGUCGCGGUGGACAGUCAGCGCUGCGUUUUGCACGUCUUCGUGAAGAGAAGCGUCAUAAUUAUGUUCGCAAAAUCGCCGAGUUAGCCGUUCAGAAUUAUAUAACCAACGAUAAGGUUAACGUGGCAGGACUGAUCUUAGCCGGCUCCGCGGACUUCAAAAAUGAUCUGAAUCAGUCGGAUAUGUUCGAUCAACGCUUGCAGGCUAAGGUUAUUAAGGUCGUUGACGUUUCUUAUGGAGGAGAAAAUGGAUUCAACCAGGCAAUUGAGCUUGCCUCUGAGACUUUGAGCAACGUCAAGUUCGUCCAGGAGAAGAAACUGAUUGGGAGAUAUUUCGAGGAGAUCAGUCAAGAUACUGGCAGAGUUUGCUAUGGCAUCGAUGAUACUCUCAAGGCUCUAGAGCUCGGUGCGGCGGAGACUCUCAUUGUAUAUGAGAAUCUGGAUAUCAGCCGAUGGGUCUUAAAGACUUCCAGCGGGUCCGAAGUUAUUGUUCACACAACGAAGAACCAAGAGGCGAACCGGGAGUUGUUUACCGACAAAGAGACGGGGGCUGAGAUGGAAGUCAUCGAACAGACCUCAUUUCUUGAGUGGCUUGCUGAAAGCUAUAAAGACUUUGGUGCAACCCUCGAGUUUGUUUCCGAUAAAUCCAGUGAAGGAAAUCAAUUCGUCAAAGGCUUUGGUGGUAUUGGAGCUAUCCUCCGGUACAAAGUCAAUUUUGAACAGCUUGCCGAUUUUGAGGACGAGGAUGAGUUUUAUGACGAUUGA